CUCCUCCCCGGCAGGCCCAGCAUGGUGGUCCUGGUGCUGGUCUUCCUUGCAGCUGCCGGUGUGUUCUCACUGGGAGUCGGGCUGUGGGCAGUCUGCAGCCACUUUAUCACUGCAGAUAUCCCUGCAGGUACCGGCCACCCCGUGAAACUGAGGUUCCUCGGUUGCAUUUUCCAGCUAUUGGUGACAUGGGGGAUCAUAUUUGAGAAAUUGAGGAUCUGUUCUGUACCCCAAUUUGUCAGUUUUGUGCAUGACCUGCAGCCACUGAAGAAGGAUCCAGAUGUCAUGGUCAAAGAUCUCCACUUUGGGACCAUCCCUGUGAAGCUGUACCAGCCCAAGGCGCCCUCCUGCACCCUGAAGCCUGGUGUUGUCUUCUAUCAUGGCGGUGGAGCCACUCUGGGGAGCUUGAAAACCCACCACCGCGUGUGCUUGCGUUUGUCCAAGGACAGCGGCUCAGUGGUUGUGGCAGUUGGGUAUCGCAAGUCACCCAAGUAUAAGUUUCCAGUGAUGCUAAGAGACUGCAUUGUGGCCACCAUCCACUUCCUGCAGUCCCUGGAUGCCUACGGAGUGGACCCCACUCGGGUUGUGGUCUGUGGUGACAGUGUGGGAGGGGGAGUGGCAACCGUGAUCUGCCAGAUGUUUGCCAGCUGCCCGGACCUCCCCCGGAUCCGCGCUCAGAUUCUGAUCUACGCCGCCCUCCAAGGCCUGGAUUUCCAAUCCCCUUCCUAUCAGCAGAACAGUAACGUCCCUCUGCUGACCUGGAGUUUUGCCUUCUACUGUUUGUGCUGUUACCUGGAUAUCAACCCUUCCUGGCAAAGCACCAUGAAGAAAGGUGCCCAUUUGCCGCCAGAAGUCUGGGAGAAGUAUAGAAAGUGGCUGGGCUCAGAAAACAUCCCAGAGAGGUUUAAGAAGAGAGGCUACCAACCCGUGGUCCCUGCGCCCGUGAACGAAGCCGCUUUCCUGGAGACGAGCGUCCUUCUGGACCCAACGUGCUCACCCCUGAUCACGGGAGACGACGUGGUGUCUCGGCUCCCAGAGGCCUGCAUCGUGAGUUGUGAGUAUGAUCUGCUCCGGGACCACUCGCUCCUGUACAAGAAGAGGCUGGAAGACCUGGGGGUGCCCGUGACGUGGCACCACAUGGAGGACGGUUUUCAUGGCGUGCUCAACACCCUUGACCUUGGCUGUUUGCACUUCCCAUGCUCGGCAAACAUUCUGAAUGCAAUGACCCAUUUCAUCAAGGGGCUAUGACCCUCCUUCCUUCCUGCAGGUGCAUCCCCCCACAGGACUCUCUGUGGCUAACUGAGGUGAUACUGGGCGGGGAUGGGUGGUUGUCUCCUUCCUGGUCUGGCUUCUAGAAUCAUCCUGUGCAUAGUGUUCCUGAUGUCUGAAGCAAAGCAGUAGAAGAGGUAGGUUUGGGACUCUGUGUCCAUGUUCACGGUUGGGAAAGUUGGAGGUGACCAUCUUCAGCGGUCACCUGCAAGCGUGGAUCUGCAUACCUAGGCUGCUCCUGUCCUCCUUAGCUAGAGCCCAGACUGUCCGGGCUGACCUGGGCUGUGUGGUGCAGUGCCUGGUUGGCGGACCUUGGGGAAACCCAGGGGCAUCGUCUGCAAUCCCAUGGGACUUUUCCAGGGGAGCCCUGAGGUCUGGGAGCGCAGUGUCCCCCUUCCUGCUGUUGCCCACAUUCUGGGCUCAGAGCUGUCUUCACUUUCUUGACUGCAGCUUUCCCUAAGUCUAAAUCACUUCAGAAUCCGUCGCUGUAGGCCCCUCUUUGAAUGGACCGCUGAGGUGCGCAGCUGACUGCUCAGGGGAGAAGGCACCCACGGGCCUCGAGGCCCAGAGUCAAGGACGGGAGGUCCCAGGACUUUCUAGAAAGAUCUGUCAUUUAGCUCCCGGUUAGUGCCAUAAGAUAAAGGACAGUGACUUUGCAUUCCAAAUUACAUUCUUGGAUCAACAAAUUAAGGACAAAGACCCAGGUCAAAGUUGAAAUUAACCAAAUCUGUCUCUGCUGUUCUCUGCCUCUCUUCCCUAUCACCCCAUGCGGAACCUCCCUGCCCUGCUGAGCCCAGACCACGUUGCCCUGUGUUCUGUCCCAGAGCGACCACUCGCUCCCUUGUCUCAUCCCUGAGCCAGCAUGGGCUAGUAUAGGUCGAGCUGCGCUGCGGUGAAAAAUGGCCCCCAGAGUCCCAGUGUCUUUUGACAGCAAAGGUCUCUUUCCUGGGACCAGGCCAAUGGAGCAGGCUCCAUCUGAAACAUCUCCCAUCUUGGGGCAGAGGGGAAAUAUCGUGGCGAGCCACACACUGUCUCUCUAAACUCCUCAGAAGCAGCCCAUCACUUCUGUUCACCUUUCGUGGCUGGUGAAGUUCGUUUGCCUUUCACGGGUUGGGGGAGUCACCUGGCCAAGCCUGACACUGAUGGAAUGGAGAAGCAUAGUCCUCUCCCCAGAGAGGCAGUGGAUAUUUUUGGAUAUUCUCAAUCAUAUUUCCAUUUCCAUUCUCUCUUUUUAAAAAUUAAAUCAUAUCACAUCAAUGAUACCCAAAUAUAAAACCUUAAAAUAUGAGCAGUAAGGCUAAAGUCCCGUUGACUGCCCUCCUCUCAAAUCUCUUCCCUUUUAUCCAGCUGUAUCCAUGAUUGCCUUUUUUAGUUUGUUUUUUGAAUGUGGUGUUCCAAUCCUUUAAAGCCUGUUUCUUUGCACUUACAUAGGCAGAUAUAUACCCACAGAAAACAUAGAAUAUUAUUUUGGGGGAUGACUUUGCCAAAUAUUGUUGUAUAAAAGGUAUUAUUCUAUACAGGUUUAUGGAGAGCAGGCUGCAUCCUGCUGAGUUGCCCCAUGAUGUACAGAAGAGCAGUGUUCAGGCUGUACCUAAACCUGGGCUACUCCAUUCUAUAAAGCAGUAGUCUGCCAUGAGUUACUCCAUUUUGAUUUCAGGUGCUGAAGCAGAGUGACCCGAUAUCUAGCUUACGCAAGUGAACAACCACCAACUGCCUAGCUCAAUCAAAAGGCACAAACUGAUAAAAAAAAAAAAAGAAAAGAAAAAGAAAAUCUAAUAAAAAUGACCAUCCGGGAAC